UCAAUAUAUUUUAUGUUCCGUUUAUUAUUAUUUUUCGACUCUAAUGUUCGGCGAAAAAUUAAGUGGUCAAGAAUACAUGAAAUUAAAGUCAUACAGUGGCCGAGGAACACAGUCAAAAUACGUGAUCCGAAAAGUCAAACAGACGAAUCUUCUGGUCAUCGUGAAGUUCUUUAUAAUCAAUAAACGUCGUCACUACAUUCAUACCUCAUCCCAGAUCGGUGGAUGAAUAUGGCCGGAAAAUUGAUGAAGGCUGUUUGUUACGAUUCUUAUGGCGGAGGCUCCGCUGGUUUGAAGCAUGUUGAGAUCCCCGUUCCUAUUCCUGGCAAUCUUGAGAUUCUGAUGAAAAUAGAAGCAUCAAGCAUAAAUCCGUUCGACUGGACAAUUCAAAAAGGCAGGAUGCGCCCUAUUUUGCCCAGAAAAUUUCCUUUUAUACCUGUUAGUGAUGUAGCCGGGGAGGUUGUGGAGGUUGGACCUGGGGUGAAGAAGUUUAAAGCCGGUGAUAAAAUUGUUUCCACCUUAGGUACAGGUGGAGGGUUGGCAGAGUACGCGGUGGCUAAGGAGAGCUCAACGGUUCCAAGACCACCAGAAGUCUCGGCUGCAGACGGUGCGAGUCUAGUCAUAGCAGGGCGGGGUGGGCCACUACGCGGUCCAAUUAGCAAAACUAGGAAACACGCACGUGACCGCAACAUGUGGGGCCGUAACAUUGAAUUUGUCAAAAACCUAGGAGCGGACGAGGUUCUUGAUUACAAGACUCCGGAAGGUUUCGUCCUUAAAAGCCCAUCGGGUAAAAAAUAUGAUGUGGUUAUCCAUUGUACAACUGGGAUCCCGUGGUCGACCUUUCAGCCUAAUUUGAGCCCAAAGGGGAAAGUGGUUGAUUUAACACCUGGUGGUCGUGCGUUCUGGACUUAUGCUAUGAAUAAAAUUACGUAUUCAAAGAAGCAACUACAGCCGUUGAUUGUGGUUCCAAAAGUGGAAGAGAUUGAGUGCCUUUUGAAUUAUGUGAAAGAGGGAAAACUGAAAACUGUUAUUGAUUCAAGGUAUCCUUUAAGUCGGGCUGAAGAGGCUUGGGCCAAGAGUAUCGAAGGACAUGCGACUGGGAAGUUAGUUGUGGAGCCGUAA